GCCGCGCCGCCGCUUCGCCGCCACCGUCGCCAUGGCCCGGAUCAAGGUUCACGAGCUGCGGGGGAAGAACAAGGCGGAGCUGCAGGCCCAGCUCAAGGACCUCAAGGCGGAGCUCUCCCUCCUCCGCGUCGCCAAGGUCACCGGCGGCGCCUCCAACAAGCUCUCCAAAAUCAAGGUGGUGCGCACCUCGAUCGCGCGCGUGCUGACGGUGAUCUCGCAGAAGCAGAAGGCGGCGCUGCGCGAGGCGUACAAGAAGAAGAGCCUCCUCCCCCUCGACCUCCGCCCCAAGAAGACCCGCGCCAUCCGCCGCCGCCUCACCAAGCACCAGCUUUCGCUGAAGACUGAGAGGGAAAAGAAGCGGGAGAAGUAUUUCCCCAUGAGGAAGUAUGCUAUCAAGGCGUAGGUUGAGAAUGUUAUGUUUAGAACAACACUGGACAAUUUAUCAGCCUUGGGAGUUUCUUAAAUUUUGAUGUUCUCAUGUAUGGGCAUUCCUUGGGGUUCAAGUACAAUGUUACGGGGUUUUAUUAGUUCUGGCAUGUUAACAUUGAUAUCUAAUCUCGUAUUUUCGUCGUCCGUUUUGUUUAACGUUGUCAAUACGAAUUAUGCCUAAUUGUGGCA